GAGAGCGAGCGGCUGGCGGCGGCGGGAGCUGUCCGCGAGCCCUGGUUCUGAAGUGGGCGAGGAGGUGCCCGGCGCUCGGUUCCGGGGCAGCGAAGACCAUGGCGUUCAUGGUGAAGACCAUAGUGGGAGGCCAGCUGAAGGACCUCACCGGGAGCCUAGGGGGCGGCGAAGACAAGGAGGACGGGGACAAGUCAGCAGCCGAAGCGCAGGGCAUGAGCCGAGAGGAGUAUGAGGAAUAUCAGAAGCAACUUGUGGAAGAGAAGAUGGAGCGGGACGCACAGUUCAUGCAGAGGAAGGCAGAGCGGGCCACCCUGCGGAGCCACUUCCGAGACAAAUACAGACUGCCCAAGAACGAGACAGAUGAGAGCCAGAUCCAGAUGGCAGGUGGAGACAUGGAGUUGCCCCGGGAGCUGGCCAAGAUGAUUGAGGAGGACACGGAGGAGGAAGAGAGGGCCUCAGUCCUCGGGCAGCUGGCCAGCCUUCCUGGCUUAGACCUUGGCUCCCUCAAGGACAAGGCCCAGGCCACACUGGGGGACCUCAAGCAGUCAGCUGAGAAGUGCUACAUCAUGUGACUGCUUCCCCUGGGGGUGCUUAUGGGUGUGACCAGAGGCCUGGGGCCACAUGAGCUGGAAAAGCCUGUCUCAACUUCCAUGGACCUAUACCCUACCUUGGCUUUGUUUCCGCUGUACCAGGCUCUGACCCAGCCUACCUCCUGGCUUCUCUCUCUCCUCUAGGAGCAAAGUCCACAUUCCUCCCCCUACCUCCUCAGGACUCACCCCCCCUACUCAGCCUGGAGAAGCCUCCCAAGAUUGUAGGAAUAGGCCAUGGACCCAAAUUCCUGCACAUAGAUGCACCCAUACAAAUACCCAGAGAGAGGGGCAGAGACCUUGGUAUGUGCAGAGUUGUACUCACAGAUGCAUCCUGGCGCACACAGACACACACGUGGGCCAGCACCCUGGUGCCUAGCCCCUCUGGACACCAACACUAAGAUAUGCUUGGAGAGGGCUUUAGGCAGGCACCCUCAGCAGAUGGGAGGCCUGAGUGUGAGUCUCCACAUUUAUUCUCCUUGAAAAGCACUGCUCUCAUUUCAUCAUCUAUAAAACAGGGGUGAACUGGGGGAUUUUUAAGAUCUUUCCAGCUUGGCCUCCCAGGACCCUCACGGUCAACCCCACAUCCCUCCUUGGGCAGGGCAGGUGCUGCCACUGUGGGCUGUGGCCCUUGGGAGCUGAGUGGUGCUGUGCAAGGAACAAGUACCAAGGAUGAAGCUGGCACCAAACAGUAGCUCAGGAAGCUCCAGGACUUCUCCGAGCUGAGGGCCCAGGGCCUAGCCAAUUUCUGUUUUGUUUCUGUAGAACUCUCUGGAUUCCAUAGCUGGAUUUCCCCUCUCAGUUCAGUGAAAAGAAAAAUCCCAGCUCUGACGUGUGUGUCUUAGUUGGGCAUUGUCCCUGCAAACCAAAAGAUUACCAGUUCGAUUCCUGGUCAGGACAUGUGUCUGAGCUGCAGGUUCAGGCCCCAGUUGAGGCAUGUACAAGAGGCAACUGACUGAUGUUUCUAUCCCUCCCUUCCUCCCUCCCUUCCCCCUCUAAAAGUAAAUAAAUAAAACCUCUUUAAAAAAAUAAAAAUAAAAAUUCCAAAUGA